AUGUAUACAAACCAAUUCGACUUCAUCGUUGUUGGCGGCGGCACGGCAGGAAACGUCGUAGCUGGUCGUCUCGCGGAAAAUCACAAUGUCCGCAUCCUCGUGAUCGAAGCCGGCCCCGGCAAUCCCCAGGAAGUCCAAGAGAUCACCACCCCAGCCAUGGCAAUGAACCUUCGAUCCAGCAAAUAUGACUGGGCCUACAAGACCACUCUCGUCAAGCGUAAUGACUACGAGCGUAUUGAGAAGCCCAACACCCGCGGCAAAGCUCUUGGAGGAAGCUCCUCCCUUAACUACUUCACCUGGGUCCCCGGAUGUAAGCCCACUUUCGAUCGCUGGGCUGAGUUCGGCGGCAGCCAAUGGAAAUGGGAGCCUCUUGUCCCGUACCUGAGGAAGAGCGCAACGUACCAUGACGACGUCAACCGCUACCCUCCCGAGAUGAAGAAGCUGGGCAGAGGUGGCCCGCUACCCAUCUCUCAUGCCGAACUACUCCCCGAGAUGGAGCCUUUUCGGAAGAUGCUGACCAGAGCCUGGACCUCCAUGGGCGAGAAGCGGUCUGGAAGCUACCUGUUCCUUAAGAACAAACCCAACGUCACAGUCCUCGCAGGGGCGCAUUCCAAACGUCUCAUUAUCGACCGCGCCAACCGCACCUGCAAAGGAGUUGUCGUUAUUGACAGCUUCGGCAACGAGAUGAGCUUCUUCACCCGACGGGAAGUCAUCGUGUCACAGGGCGUGUUCGAGACACCCAAGCUUCUCAUGCUCAGCGGCAUCGGCCCGACGUACCACCUAGCCAAAUACGGCAUCGACACCAUCGUCGACUCGCCCCAUGUUGGCCAGAAUCUCCUCGAUCACCCCGGCGUACCCUUUGUCCUGCGCGUCAAGGAUGGGUAUGGCAUGGACGACCACCUCCUCCGCAAAGGUCCAAAGCAUGAUGCGACCGUGUCUGCAUUCAACAGAAACCAUUCUGGCCCCAUGGGAUCCGGUCUACUGGAGAUGGUCGGGUUCCCUCGUAUCGAAAAGUACCUAGAGCGAGAUCCGAUAUACCGCCAGGCGAAAGCGGCAAACGGUGGCGUAGACCUCUUCUGCUCCGAAGGCCAGCCUCACUUCGAGCUCGACUUCGUGUGCAUGUUCGGCACAGCGUUCCAGUGGCAUUACCCCAUCCCCAAGAACGGACAACACAUGAGCGUUGUGGUCGAUCUCGUCCGCCCCGUAUCUGACCCAGGCGAGGUAACCCUGAACAGCGCGGAUCCCUUGGAGCGGCCGAACAUUAACCUGAACUUCUUCGCCAAUGACCUCGACAUCAUCGCCAUGCGCGAGGGCAUCCGUUUCUCGUACGACCUCCUCAAGAAAGGCGAUGGAUUCAAGGACGUUGUCUUAGAUGAGUAUCCGUGGGAGAUGCCGCUCGAGUCCGACGAGGAGAUGAAGAGAGCCGUCCUUGACCGCUGCCAGACUGCCUUCCACCCGUGUGGCACCGCGAGGUUGUCCGGAAGUAUCCAGCAGGGCGCGGUGGAUCCGCGGCUGAGGGUCCAUGGGAUCAAGAACCUGCGGGUUGUGGAUGCGUCCGUGAUUCCUGUGAUCCCGGAUUGUCGUAUCCAGAACUCUGUAUAUAUGGUUGCGGAGAAGGGCGCUGACCUGAUCAAGGAGGACCACAACGAUAUCUACCAGGUGAAGUCUGGAUUUCAGGGGUCCCGUCUUUAG